GAAUCAGAGCAAACCGGACGUCGCUCUCAGCCAAUCGGCUUUUGCAAAGCGUCCUAAGCUGACGUCAGCCCGGUACCGAUGAACAACCGGUAGCACCGAAGCCGAGCUGUAUGCUUUCCCCGGUUUAUUUGUAGCUUUGUCUGCUAAUCCCCCUGUGUGAAACGUGCAGACAUCAUGCCUUUCGAUGUCAGGAGAUUCGAUAUCUACAGGAAAGUGCCAAAAGAUCUCACCCAGCCCACAUACACAGGAGCUUUCAUUUCCAUUCUGUGCUGUGUCUUCAUACUCUUCCUCUUCCUGUCUGAGCUGACGGGAUUCAUAGCCACUGAAAUCGUAAAUGAACUAUAUGUGGAUGAUCCUGAUAAAGACAGUGGUGGGAAGAUAGAAGUGAGUUUAAACAUCAGUUUGCCAAACUUACACUGUGAUUUGGUGGGUUUGGACAUCCAGGAUGAGAUGGGUCGCCACGAGGUCGGUCACAUAGACAACUCGAUGAAGAUUCCCCUCAACCAGGGUGACGGGUGUCGCUUUGAGGGCGAGUUCACCAUCAACAAAGUACCAGGAAACUUCCAUGUGUCGACACACAGUGCUACAGCGCAGCCCCAAAGCCCUGACAUGACCCACACCAUCCACAAGCUGGCCUUUGGAGAGAAGCUACAGGUACAAAAGGUACAAGGAGCCUUCAACGCGUUAGGAGGGGCUGACAGGCUGGCGUCUAAUCCUCUCGCCUCACAUGACUACAUACUGAAGAUUGUUCCAACAGUGUACGAAGACCUAUCAGGCAGACAGAGGUUCUCCUACCAGUACACGGUAGCCAACAAGGAAUAUGUUGCAUACAGCCACACGGGAAGGAUCAUCCCGGCCAUCUGGUUCCGAUACGACCUCAGUCCAAUCACAGUCAAGUACACAGAGAGGAGACAGCCCUUCUACCGCUUCAUCACAUCGAUCUGUGCCAUCGUCGGUGGGACGUUCACGGUCGCAGGAAUCAUCGAUUCCUGUAUAUUCACCGCUUCAGAAGCCUGGAAGAAGAUCCAGAUAGGAAAAAUGUCAUGAGUCCUGCUCCCCCACCCCUCCUCGCAUCUUAUUUAUAAGUGCUAGCCUGUUAGCUAAAUCCAACCCUAGCCCGAACCGACUUCCUUUUUUGAGAUUGUAUCACAGUGACCAAUGAAGCGGCUCCGGGCACCUGAUCUAACUACCAGGCUACAGCACUACGUCUCAGUUACUUAAGGCCCCCUUCAGGCUCCGUGUGCUCUGGUGACGUGUGGACGCUGACUAUCACAUGUCCGCUUCCUGCGUCUUCGGUGUCAGGUGAGGAGAUGGGUGCUCUUUUGUUACCGUGGGGAUGAAGUUUAAGGUACUGAGUGUCAGGGUUCAGCUCGUGUGUGUGUAUGUGUGUGUUUUGUUUUUUUUGAAGGCUACGUCUGAUUUUGUUUUAGAAUGAAGUAAAAAAAGAAAUUGCUGAUAAUUGUGCUGAUAUUCAUUUUCUUUUUUAAAUUUGGUACCUCCACGUGUUCAAUCAUGGGGAACAGUAAAUAACUGGAUGAUUUACAGAAAUAGGCGUAUGGUCUGAUUGUUUAAAUGAAUUAAACCAGCGCCAAAGGGAAUGAUAAUUUUAGGAGGAGUUCUGGGUUAUGAGCCAGUGCUGUGUGUGGCGUAGACUGAGCUGAACUCUGAAGUAUUUUGGUAAUUCACACAUCGGUUUCAUUUCUAUUAUUCAAACUUUGUGCCUUUUUUAUGUUUACUGUCCCACCAUACAGGUCUAUCAUCAUGUGUCCAUCUGUCUCUCUCAUGCAUGUUAAAACUUACAGUACAUUUUGUAGAUUUACUUUUUUUUCAAUACUGUGUUCAUUUUUUUCAUCUUUCAGUGCAUUUAUACCAAAUAUUUCAUCAGAGCUGUUCUAGGGCCUAGCAUUCAAAUGAUUGACAAGAAUAUAAUGUCUUGUUUUGUUUAUUUCUAAAGAAAUGUUAAUUUAGUUGAUUUUUUUACACACUAUGUGGCUUUUUUUACUUGUUGUACAUUCUAAAGAACAUUUUCUUGUGUGUGUGUGUAAGGAGAGGACUUGUAGGCCAAGAUGUUUUUCCUCAUUUUCUUUUUUUUUUUUUUACUGUUGUAUAAAAGACCUCUCUGAUCAAGGACAGUGAUAAUCACACAGGAGCCCACAGAACUGGUCUUUCUACUGUAAAGGUUAUUCAUUUCCUCUUCUGUCUCAGAUUACUCUGUAAUGCUAUGCGUUCCUCAAGUAAAGGUACCAUAGAAAUCA